CAAAUGCCGAGCAUCUCCAACUGUAGAUAAAACAAGCAUCCAUAGGCACAAAGACCCAUAAUUUGCGAUUUUCUUCAGCUUGAACCAGCGCAGGUCGCGGGCGUCGAUGGUGGUUACAUCAGGACAAUCGUGUGCGGAGAUCGUUGCAUGUGCAAACUAGUCUCGACUGAAACGCUUGAGACUAUGUUUCGAACAAAAAAACAACAAAGAGGGGAGAUAAGUUGAAGAAAAAUAUAUUAUUGUCUGAAAAUGGAAAUUUCUCAGACCCAGAGACGAGCUCGGGAGGCCAAGAGAUUUCUGAAAGUCGCGUGAUGAAGUGGACGAAGUCGUGGAAGGAAUUGCAGGAGAGCUGCAAUCCGGGGAGAAAUUCCAAUAAAGUGGACACACGCCGGCAGUUCCCAGACAGUCAGAAAGCAAAGGGCUUUAUGAAGAAGGGAGUUCUCAGCGCUGAAGCUCGGGCGAGAAUUAAUUUUCCAUCAGAAAACCUUCAGCAUCGAUUCUCGGGAGCAACACGAGGGAAAGAAUCGGUCAACGCCUCACCCCGCGCUGCCAAAACGUCCUUAAUUUGAAGAAACAGUGCCAGAGGAAAUGAGAAAAUCUGCAUCUGUAACGCACCGAGUGCUGCAGAGGGCUCGACAUUCGGUGACGGGCCUGUCUUGUCUUUAGUCGAGCAAAGGUUCGUCUUUCGCACUCUUUUCCCACGGACUUGGCUGAAUGAGAGACGACCUUCUGAGCGGCUGUGCUUCUUUGCUGUCAGACUGCCCUUUCAAUGUAAGGAUAGCUUCGUAUUGUUUUAUCCGAUUAACCACUGGGAUGGUUGGCACUGUGACUAGAUUGAAAAUGGAAAUAGAGCGGUAUUGUUGAUGUCUAGUUUUGUAUUCGACUGCUGGAUUGCAAGGCUUGUAUUCGAAGGAGCAGUGUUUCUUCUUUUCUUCUCGAAUCGUUAGCACGUUUUAUUGGAAUGAGAGGAAAGACUAGUCAAAAUUCAGGAAAGUGAAAAUUUUAAAAAGAUAGGAUUUUUAUGACCUCGUAGUAAGUCAUAGUUACUGAUCCAUCUUAUUAUUAAUCGUGAGGUUUGACAAAGACAAUGAAGGCGGAAUAGUACCUUGACGCGUGUGUUCCUCUCCCCCUAUACGACUGUUUCGUGCUAUGGACUCAUAUAAUACUCAGCCACCCACUAGUUGUUUUAAAUCUCUGCUCAUGCCUUCGCUUUCCGAGUUGUCGGCUUCUUCCGAGUCGUCGGACUACCCCUACUUCUACCCAAAUGUGUACCCCAGUGUUGGAACCUACCCCUCCGCGGCAGUUCCUGCUAUGGCGGAUGUGGCAGGUGGGCCCCUCGUCAGGGGGUGCUCGAGUGUAUGGCGAAAGAGGGGCUCUGUACGCCCCUCUCCAGCCUUCGUGUGUGUGGCUGGAUGCACCUAACGCCUAUCACCAGCAGCAGUACCAUCCACAGCUACCCGGUCAGCUCCAACAGCAGCAACAUCCACAUCAUGGACACUACGAAGGCUUGGGAGGUCCCGUCUUCGCCAGCGGCGGUCGCAGCUGCGAUGAUGUAGACCAUGUGGACCGCCCUUAUGUCGUGGAAUCCUUGGACAGGUCCUCCCGGUUGGAGUCAAAGUCGAGGAAGCGUCGAGCCCCGACGGUGGCCCAGCGCCGAGCGGCCAACAUCCGUGAACGCCGCCGCAUGUUCAGCCUCAACGAAGCCUUCGACCUGCUACGUCGUCGGAUUCCGACCUUCGCCUACGAGAAACGUCUUUCUCGCAUCGAGACUCUUCGUCUGGCCAUCUCCUACAUCGGCUUCAUGUCGGACAUCGUGAACGGAGUGGAUCCUUCCAAGGUCCGCUUCAGCGCCUGCCGCCCGGCCUCCAACCGAACAGGAAGUGUCAAUCCGGCGUCCUUCGAGUUCCUUGCACGGUCCUCGACAGCUCGGGCGAGUUCGAGCAGAUGGGCCCCAGCUCGACGACGACGUUCACGUUGUGGGCCUCUUCCGCGAGCCUGAUGACGUCCUCGACCGCGAGCACAGGGGCGACGCAGAUGAAGAGUUGCUGAAAGAAAAUGAGGAAGAGGAGGACGACGAAGACAAUAAAAAUAGAGCUGAGGACAGUAGUGAGGAAGAGGAGGAUGAGGAGGACUCGAUGGCUGGGGCCGCGGACGCAAGAUGCACGGAAAGUUCUGAGAUCUAGUAACAGUGCUUGGUGGGACGGGACUAGUGUGCUGUCAAUACAUUUUAUUGUUCGAUUGCUGUGCGUACUAUAUGCAGCACGAAACAGCCAAUAAUGAGAACCCUAGACCCUCGGCUGGUCAGUAUUGUCAGGUAUUGAACAGAAGGAAUAAUCGUGACAGAAUUUAUGGCGAUGAUUUGCGAGAUUCUUUUUUCUGGUUAUCAUCGCCAGAAAGGUUGUCUUGCACUUUCUCGGUUUGCGGAACAUGGAAUUAUCUUCACUUCAUCGCCGAUUCCAACCAUCGACUCCGACAGAGAUUUGAUGCUUCUCGUCUGUAGAGGACAGGUCUAUGGAUGUGGACGUUAAGUUGCAGUUCCACUUUCUCUCCUAAAGGAACUGAUGAGCUGGCUACACUUUCUUCGUGUAACACUCGUAUCAUACUCUUUGUAUCACCACAAUUAGUAAGUGUAUUUCGUGGGGUAUUGAGGUAAGGGUGUCGUCACACACAAAGGAGACAAUUCGUCGGUUUACCUGGUUUUUUAUUUUGUGGUUUGAUGCGGUUUUUUUUCUCUCUUGGAUACCUACAAAGAUUCGUGGCAAAGGGGUAAAUAUUCUCCAUAUCUAUUCCUUCUUUUUCUCUUUGCUUUAUCUUUGGAUAAAAAAAAUCAUAAUUUUUUUUUCUUUUGCUAACGAGAAAUUCGCUCAAAGUUGUGUUUACAUAAAAGCGCGUAAUCACUCGUUACCAGAGAGGAUAAUUUUGUUUAUGUGUGUACAGUUGUUAAUGAUUAGGGAAUUUCAUUUAAAAAUAAUUAUGAUUUUUUUUUGAAAGCUCAGAACCUUCUGAUGCACACGGCAUGUCAUAAAAAAGCUAUUUUGUGAAAAAAAAAGUGUAUGGCGAUUAAAUCCAGGAGAGGGCUUUAGUGUACAGAAUUAUUGUAUUUACACCUUGUACUAAUGCUUUGUAUAACUGUCCUCCAUUACCGUGGAGAGUGUAAUACCUCAUCCUGACACUGUGAUACGUGUAGUCAAAAGCGAUAAACACAAGCACAGUUCAGUCAAAUCAAAUUUGUGGGGAUCAGUCAAGAAAGCCCCCAGCAAUCUAAACAGUGAUGGCAUUUGUUUGCUCUGUUGUAAAUAUGCUUCACCGGAUCCGAAACAAAAUUUAAGCGAGUGUCAAGUGAAUGAUUCUUCGUCUUUUGCUCCAUCACUUCCACGUCAUCACUUACAUGUGCAUGAGUGCGUGCGUGCGCUUGAAGACACAUUUUCAAAUGUGCUGCUGACAUUGUACUAGCGAUAUUAGUAACAAUGUUUGCUAUAAAUGUUAUUCAACAUCUUCUCGGUCUUGUUGUUUUUUGGUUUUUUUUUUUUUGUUUUGUGUGUUUUUUGUUUUUUUUUUUUUGUUUUUUAAUUUUUUUGUUUGGUUGGUUUUUGUUUUGUUUUUUGUUUGGCUUUUUUUUUUAAUUUUUUUUUUGGUAGGCACCCAUCCCGAAACUUCCACGGAAGAUUGAACUUAUGACUGAUUAACUCAACAGGAACAAAAGCAAAAAAAAACAACAAUAAAUUGGACAGAUAUAGUGGUAUAGAACUAAUAAGUGUUCUUUUUGUAUGAAUUCACAAUCCGAGAGUAGCAUUAAAAAACGAAGCUGAAUGUUGCAAUGGGACACAGUGAGCUUAUUUCUUUUGUUCUACUCGUCAUCUUCUUCUCAAAAAAUAAAAUAAAAAUCGCGUACAAUGGGCACUGGCUUUUCGUCAGUCAGUUCAGUAAUUUUAUUUACUCGGCGGCUCACCAAACAACGGUUAGUAACCAGGUCGGGUUAACUUAAUCACCUCGUCUCUACACUAUCCAAGUUAAGGCAAUUUCCCUCAUUAGUAUUUUGCCGAUGUACAUCAGUGGGGCUCAGGACAACAGGACAUGAGAUGGAAGGCGAAGUCCCCUAUCUAGUGAUGCUUUGAUGUAUUUAUGGCGAUGUUGUGCUUACAUCAAGUGCUUUUCACGUUUCGUGCUUUACGGACAAUGUGAUAGGUAAUAUAUUCUUGAUUAAUCAAUCUCCACACACACACAGCCCUAUGAGCCUGAGUACACGUGGCAUCCCAUGACCUCAUGUGUGUAGCUUUUAUUUCGAUGGUGGAAAGCAAACCCAACAGACACUGAGCUUGCUAGAUAUUAAUUCAAACAGAAAACCCUUGUUUCUCUCAGUUUCCCAUAAUAACAUGGAGCGGUGAAAUCGUGUUCGGUUCGGUUAAUAUGAUUUCGUUUUUAAUGAUUGACACUGAGAUGUAUUGAAAAACACACACACACAAACACGUGCGCAUGAGAUAUGAUGCUCUGUUAUUCAAGCGCUUAGAGCUCACUGCCAGACGAAGAAACGAACUUUUUCAGACUUUAAUUUUUAUUUCAACACACGCGCGCACGCACACAAACACACCACGCAGAAAGAGUUCUUCUAUGACUAAAACAUUUUGUUUGUCCUCUCCUGUCUCGUUCACCUCAUGAUUUGUGUUCUCUAACUGCAACUGCGACUACACAGCCUCCCUCCAGCCUGUUAUUGUGCUUACGUGGACACACCUAGACCGCGGCCUGGCUAGCCUUAAUGACCGGCCCAGCUGUGCAUGAUUAAUCCACCAAAUUAAACAUCUAUUCACUCCAGUCUUUCAGGGCGCACACACCGAUUAUUGAUUGUUGGAAACAUGUUGAGAUGAUGUAUAUAGGCCUGAAUCAUUCCCUCCUCCUCCUCUCCGACCCCAGCCUUCUCCCCCACCACCGUGUGUCACAUCUGGACAGUUAGAAGACAACACUAAACUUGGCGCUUGCCUUCGACAUUUGGUUCUGUGUGCUUUUUUUUUUUUUUAAUAAUCGACAUUUUCAUCGUGGAUGAAGCAGCUUUUUGCGGCAAGCUGUUGUUUGUACCGGUGGUGACCAAUCAUAAUCUUUCUUUCUUUCUAGAUUUCGCGAAUCUUGUUUUUUCACCUUUGAUUUUUCUUCUCAUCUUUCCUUUGCCUCUGCUUCUGUCGUGUCUUCCGUACCCCGGUGUCUGACCAAGCGUUUAACUAGACGCAUGUUGCACUUGGUUAAACCUUCUUUCCACUUCGGGCUUCCUCUUCUUUGUUUAAGGCAGUGGUUAUUUUCCUGUGGGAGGAAUGGUUAAUUAGUGAAUAUUUGCAUUCAUUGAGUUCACGGCGCAUGUUGUGAAUGCCGCUUGUGCUUCGCACUCGUGAAAAUCUGUUGCCCGAGUGCAAAUCAACGGAUCAGUGUAUGAUCACAGAUACAAUUCACCCAUGAAGACUAGUAGAACCUAAACUAUGAGCGAUUUAAGUUCUUGUACGAGAUGAUUGAAGUAAUGUCUGAUAAUAAUUCACUUAAUUUAUUGAAAAUGGACAAUGGAUUUUUUGUUGUUGUGAUGUCAGGUUUUAACAAAAACUGUUAACCUGCCGACACCGAACCAUUUUCUUUUGGUGUAGUCAUCUUUUGUUUUGGCCUUUUCCUAUCUCUUUCUGUCUUUCACACACACACACACACACAUUUUCUUAAUGUCAUGUUUUUAAUUAUUGGUUGUUUUGUCUCUUUCUCGCUUUUGUUAUUUUUGUUCCGUGUCCACAGCCUGCUUGUCUCCUCUCGUCUCGUUCUGUUCUCCACUAACAACCUCACCAGGUCCUUGAUAAGAUUAUGAUCUACAUUAAUCAAUUCAUGUUUUCUGUCGAUCUGAAUUGUAACCUCAGUUGCAAGACAUAACAAAAAAAAUAUCACGGAAUAAAAUGUUUGCUUUUUCGCCCACAG